UAAAUGCUGAUCCUUAUAUAUAUAAAUGAUGAUGAGCCCAGUAAAUCUCAAUCUCAACAAUCUAUACCAUUGUUUUGUUAUUCUUCAAGAAAUUGGAAGUAAGAGCGGCGGAUCAGAGACAAUGAUUGCGAAGGUAUUCUUUGUGGCCGUGAUAUUCUCAGUGCUCCUCAUGAGCGCUACCGAUGCAGCUCGAAUAAGGGCCGACCGUUUAGUUCCAGGUGGACCCAAUCCUAUGGAGCCACCACCAACACCGGUGAGGAUCGACCGUUUAGUUCCCGGUGGACCCAAUCCUAUGGAGCCACCACCAACACCAGUGAGGAUCGACCGUUUAGUUCCAGGUGGACCCAACCCUAUGGAACCACCACCGACACCAACAGCAACAACAAAGAACUGAAGUUUAAUAUUGAUAUAGAAUAAAUCAUACGUACUGUGGAUUUAUUUCCCACGUAUGUCAUCGUUUUGAUUGAAAGCAUGUCAAUGUGACAGAUUUAUUAUUAUAUAUUCCUGCAUGGUGCAUGCAGUACUUCGUA